AUUCGUGUGUAUUGCUAAUAUGCUUAUAUUCCGCGCAAGUUUACAUGAAUGAAAGGCAAACAUGGAUUUUGUAAACAAUGUACAAUUAAGCGUAGUUAUGUGAGUGAGUGGGAUCAUUUCUUCAUCCAAGAAUAAUAUUAAAAUGAAUAGUUUACAUCACCAUCAUUUACGAAGGUAGCACAGCAAAAAUGACUCCAAAACGAAAGCAUACAAGUUCGGAGUCAUCAUCUUCUAGUAGCUCUGGCUCAUCAUCUAGCAGUUCUUCCAGUUCUGGCAGCGAAUCUAGUUCUUCAGAUUCUGAAAAUUCUAGCAGUUCUGCAGCUAGUCAAAAAGCAUCUGAUUCUGAAAAAUCAAAGAAAAAAGUACCAGUUUCUACACCUCGAAAUGUCAAAACAAAGACUGAUACAACACCAUCGACAAAUGAAGCAAGGACCAAGGAAAAAAUUAACUCUAAAUCUAAGUCUGCUGUUUACUCUUCUGAAUCUGAAGAAUCUCCAGGUAAAACUAAACAAUCACCUACUAAACGGAAAGCUCCUGCUAGAGCUAAAGCUACUGCUGCAAUUGCUCCGGUUGUAAAACAACAAAAGCCCAUCAAUAAAAUUAGUCCAGUGACUUCAAAUAAAAAUUCAUCGCCACCAAAAUCAUCUAACAAAACUAAUAAACUACCUUCAACGAUAACAUCGGCGGCCAAAGCAUCAGACAAAAGUAAUAAAUCAUUUGAACCACCUGCAAAAAAAUUAAAGAAAAGAAGUAUCUUCAGCCCUGAGAAUAGUAGUGAAAGUGAUUCUGGAAGUCCACAAAAAUCUAAUGUUAAAACAAAUAGCACUGCUACAGCUUCACAAAAAUCUCAAGCACAACAAGCCAAAGCAACCCCUGAAUCUAAACCACGCGCUCCUGCAGCUACUAGAUCUAGUAUAGUCACAAGACAAGUUGCAAAAUCUGAUAGUUCAGCAAGCUCUAAAAGUUCAGGUUCAGAGUCAGGCUCCUCCGGAUCAUCAGAUAGUAGUUCUGACUCUGAUUCAUCCGACAGCGAAGAUACUUCUUCACCACCUCCAAAAAAGAAAGACAUACCACCUACUCCUAAACCUACACCAACUGCAACUCCAAAACGUCCAGCAGCAUCAGUUGCUGCAGUAAAACCACAGAAAAAUGUUAAAAAACCAAAUACAGUUAAAAAUGAAAUUAAAAGUGAAGUUAAAAGUGAAAUUAAAAGUGAAAUUAAGAGUGAAAAUGAUAGUGAAAAUAUGGACACAGAUAAAGAUGCAGAAGAAGAAGGAAAAAGAAAAGCUUCGUUAAAAGAAAAGAAAAAGCCUCCAACAAGAAGAAAAUCAAAAGCUCUAAUACAGCCUAAAGUAGCAGGAACAGACUCUGAGUCUGAUGCAGCUGAUGUUAAAAGACAUGCUUCAAAAUCUCCUAGUAAACGUCCAUCGUUAUCCUCUAAACAACUAGGUUUAAGUCGUUCCACAUGUAGUAGUAAUUUUUCUUUGAAAAGUCACAGCACUACAAGUAGAAUGCGCUCUGCCCAUGUUAUUUCGAAGGAAAGAGAAUGUCCGCUUUCGCCAGCUUGCGAUUCUCGUGGUCAUCUUUCUGGUAAAUUUGAUGCUCACUUUACUUUAGAAGCAUGUCCUUUGUACCACAACACAACUGCACAAGAAUGUUUAGAGUCCUACAAAGAGAAGAAAAAGAAAGAUGAAGAAAGAAAACGUAUGCUGCAACUUCAAGGCAAAAAGUCCCCGAAAGGUGGUAUUCAAACCAAUGAUCAACGUAACUAUCACAAUAAAAUCAAAGAUCUGCGAAGUAAAUUCAAAGGAUUAUCGACGGAUGGAAAUGAAUCUGACAGCAAAGAAAUUCAAAACGUUGAUAAAACUCGACAACCAGAUCUAAUUGGUUUGACUCCCGAUUAUGAUUUGAGACUUUUUAUGGAAGCUCAAGCUGCGUCCAGCGAGAAAAUCGAAAAAGAUCUCAAGGACUUGUUGGACAAUGAUAAAGAGGGUAGUAGGAGCAGCGGCACGCGUUGUAUAGAAAUGGGAAAAUGGGAAAUGGAGGUAUGGUAUCAAAGUCCUUAUCCAGAGGAGUUCAGUCGUGCACCAAAACUCUACUUAUGUGAAUAUUGUCUGAGAUACGCCAAAAGUCCACAAGUCUCUCGGAGGCACAAAGAAAAAUGUGUUUGGAGGCAUCCGCCCGGUCACGAAGUUUACCGGAAAGAAAAAAUAGGAGUGUGGGAAGUAGACGGAAAAAGAUACAAACUCUACUGUCAAAAUCUUUGUCUUUUAGCUAAAUUUUUCUUGGACCAUAAGACAUUGUAUUAUGACGUGGAACCUUUUCUGUUUUACGUAAUGACACUUAAUGAUUCUGAAGGCUGUCACACUGUUGGUUAUUUCAGUAAGGAAAAGAGUUCGAACAACAAUUACAACGUGUCGUGCAUACUCACGCUGCCACCGUACCAAAGGCAGGGCUACGGUCGACUGCUCAUCGACUUUAGUUACUUACUCACUAGGGUAGAAAGUAAAAUAGGUUCACCGGAAAAGCCGCUAUCGGAUCUCGGUUUAAUUUCAUACCGCAGCUAUUGGAAAGAUGUACUACUUCAAUAUCUCUGCAAUUUCGGCGGGAAGGAAAUUUCCAUUAAAGACAUCAGCAAGGAAAUGGCGAUUGAUUCCUCCGACAUAGUAAGCACGCUGCAAGCCUUAGGAAUGAUGAAGUACUGGAAGGGCAAGCACAUCAUACUUAAGAAGCAGGACGUGAUCGAGGACUACAAAGAGAGGGUAAAGCGUCGUGGCACCACAUUGAAGGAAAUCGAUCCAGAGUGCCUGAAGUGGAGUCCCUUUCAAGCGCAAAAAGCUCCCGCCGCCUCGAGCUGAAUUUCUGGACAGCAACGACGACGGUGGUGGUUGAUAGCGAAGCCUUAAACGGCCAUGACACGAGCAAAUUUAAUGUGUAACACGUUGAUGCUGCUGGCGUGGCCGCUGCGGUUUAUUAUACAUAUAUACAUAUACCCACACAAUAUAAUGUAGAAGUCUGAUGCGCUGCUGCUUCCUCUGCUUCACCAUCGGGCUUUGCUAUCGAGCAGGCAGGCAAGCAGGCAGGCGACCCGAAUCUUUCGCUUCCAAGCUGCGGCCUCGAAGCUCUCGAAAGCCUGCCAUCUCGGAGGGGAAAAUCUGUACAUUUUUUUUAGAUACUUUUUUUCAGAAGUACCUAUUUGUAUAAUGAAUACAACAGCGUGCUGCGCGAACGAUCACGGAGGUGAUUUUUGUACAAAAAUGUGGAAAAAACAAAACGAAGAUAAAAUAUUUUUGUCCACUCUCGCGCGGGCGUGGACGAGGAUAUUGUUGACUGAAUAAAUGUUCAAUGUUGAUUUUGAAUAUGAAUAGUGAUAAUUUUUCAUUAUGUAAGAAAUACGUAUUAUUCAGAAUGUAUUUGUGCAAGCUCGUGAAAGAACUUUUGGGUUCAUAUAAAUAUUUUUUUAUUACUUUUUUGUUUCCGAUCUUAAAAAAAAAUUGUGUAAUAACCAGGACCGUAUCCCGGUUCGAUCACGUUGUCACGCGACAAUGGGGCGCACGUGCUCGAGAUCCGCGGUACAAAAAAUAAAAUAAACUUUGUAUCAUUUGUAUGAAUGUAAUAGUAUUUGCUUUAGGCAGAUUAAAAAUUGUAUAUACUCAGUAAAUGAUAUUCAGAAUAUAUAUAAAUAUAAAUAUAUAUAUAUAAUAUAAUAUGAUGUAAAUUUAUAAAUAAGAUUUUAUCGCAAAUAUAUAGAAAGUAAAUCGAGGUUAUCGAACAACAAAUAAUGAAUGUACCGAUAUUUUUUUAUCGUUUCCACGUUCGCUUCUAUUAUUAUUUUUUUAAUUUUUUUCUGUAAAUCAAAAAUCCGUAGAGCAAAACAUUUGCAAAAUCCAUUAUAUUUGAAAUUGCGUUCAUGUACUGUUCACCUUUCGUUGUUGAAUAGCAAUAUAUUUAGAUAGAGCGGACACUUUGUGAUGCUCAGCAAAGAACUAGCUACGUACCUCUAUAACAAUUAAGAAAAUGGUCUCAUUUGUUUUUAUUAGUACAAGUUUAUUUUUUACGAUUUUAACGAAAUACACAAUUAAUUGUUUCUAUAUGUAAAAACAACCUGUAAGCUAUUUUACAUUUGAUAAAACUUUUUAACGAUAUAUAGAUAUGAUGAAUAGAUAGCUGAAUUUAAAACAAAAUAGAAAAUGAAUGAGUCGUGGUAUGUUGGGUUGUGAAUAAAUAUCAAAAGUAAGUCUGGAUAUAUUAAAAGUAAAAGUGUACAUAUGUAUGUGGAUAUACAGUUAUGGAAUGAUGUUUUUCAAAAUUAUCUGCAUUAUGAUUGAAUCGAACCUGAAUCGAUGUAUUUUAGUUAAGCGAAAUUGAAUACUCAAGGGAAAAAUUAUUUCAUGUUUGCCAUUAUAAAAAUUUUUUAAAUAAUUUUAAUAUUCUAUUUUAGAGUUUCUUUAAAAUGUACGUAAUUAUUACCAUUGGUCUGAAUAUUUAUUGGAUGUGCGAGAUUUUCUUUCAUUUCGUUGUAAUUGAUGUUUUUUAUUCUUCUGAACACUAAAUUAUAAAUUUGUAAAACUAUUUUAUUUUCAUGAAACUGUUGAAGUGCAGUACCGUUUAUAAAAUUUGGAGUUCGACUGUCAAUUUAUGUAACAAAUAAUUAUUUAUAUAAAUAUAU